GGAAGUAGAGUGUCGAGAUUCCUCAGAUAGACGCGCUGUCUUUCGUUACGUGGCUGUUCCCUUCAGGGUCUGAGACGGCUGGAAUUCUGUUUGGACAGAAACCGGAGCUUUUUAAACGAUUCCGGAUGAACCUCCAUGAGAACGCCUCUGAUCAAACACGGACACUUAAAUACAAACCAGGCUUUCGCACGUGGAGUCAUUUUUUGCGUCGUUAUAUGGUCUGGUGUAACAAAAUACUGAAAUGAUUCUGAUUUAGUCGUAACUUUAUUACAAGUUUCUGCUUGGAAUAAAAUCUCACCUGUCUCCAUGAGACCUGGAUUAUAUGUUUUAACUGGCAUAUCGUAUGUUAUAGACUGGGUUUAGGAGUUAGUGAUGUUACUCACAUCUUGUGUCAGGUGAAUCACUGUUUGCAACACUGUACAAGUACACGCACAUACACCACUAUUCAUUCCCACCGCAGAAGAAUGACUUUGAUCCGCAGACUGCUACGCAGGCCGUUGCAUCCAUGGAAGGUUGCCAUUGUGGCGCUAGUGUUUGUCACAUUUUUGUUCCUGAUGCAAAGAGAGGUGGUCAGUCAGAGCCCACAGGAGGAUCCCUGGCUAAAAGGGAUUGUUGAGAAACGGGACACCAUGCUGGGCAUGGUAAUGGGGGCUGUGAAUAACUUUAGGGAUGCCAUGCCAAAGAUGCAGAUUCGAGCCCCAGUGAGGCAGCAGGAGAGUAGGAGCAACCAGCCCUGUCUGCCUGGUUACUACACAGCCGCGGAGCUGAGGCCUGUGCUGGAACGGCCCCCACAAAAUCCCAGUGCCCCGGGUGCCUCGGGGAAACCCUUCCAUACGGAGAACCUUGGCCCAGCUGAGCAGAAAGAAAAGGAGAAAGGCGAGGAGAAACAUUGCUUUAACCUGUAUGCUAGUGAUCGUAUCUCACUCAGUCGAGACCUCGGCCCUGAUACAAGGCCGCCAGAAUGCAUAGAACAGACGUUUCGGCGCUGCCCACCCUUGCCGACCACGAGCGUGAUCAUCGUGUUCCAUAACGAGGCGUGGAGCACAUUGCUGCGGACUGUCUACAGUGUGCUCCACACCUCUCCUGCCCUUCUUCUCAGAGAGAUCAUCCUUGUCGAUGAUGCCAGCACAGACGAACGGCUAAAGGAUGAGCUGAAUGAGUAUCUAAAGCAGCUUCACAUUGUACGUGUGGUGCGCCAACUUGAAAGGAAAGGCCUCAUUACUGCACGGCUGCUGGGAGCCUCUGUAGCUGCUGGAGACACCCUUACUUUCUUGGAUGCUCACUGUGAAUGUUUUCAUGGUUGGCUGGAACCUUUGCUGGCUCGAAUAGCAGAGAACUACACAGCAGUAGUGAGUCCAGACAUCACCACUAUAGACCUGAACACAUUUGAGUUCAUGAAGCCUUCUCCAUAUGGGCAAAAUCACAAUCGAGGCAACUUCGACUGGGGCCUGUCCUUCGGCUGGGAAAGUUUGCCCGAUCAUGAGAAAAAGCGGCGCAAAGAUGAGACCUACCCCAUCAAAACCCCAGCAUUUGCUGGAGGACUGUUCUCCAUCUCUAAAGAGUAUUUCUUUCACAUUGGGAGCUAUGAUGAGGAGAUGGAGAUCUGGGGAGGAGAGAAUAUUGAAAUGUCCUUCAGGGUCUGGCAGUGUGGGGGUCAGUUGGAGAUCAUUCCCUGCUCCAUUGUGGGCCAUGUGUUUCGCACCAAAAGCCCUCACACCUUCCCUAAGGGCACGCAAGUGAUUGCCCGUAAUCAGGUGAGGCUGGCUGAGGUCUGGAUGGACAACUACAAGGAGAUCUUUUACCGCAGGAACCAGCAGGCAGCGCAGAUAUCCAAAGAGAGAUCAUUUGGAGAUGUAUCCAAACGCUUGGAACUCCGUGAGAGGCUCCAGUGUAAGAGCUUCUCCUGGUAUUUAAAGAACGUAUACCCAGAGGUCUUCCUGCCUGAUCUCAACCCACUACAGUUUGGUGCGAUAAAGAAUACAGGAAAAGACAUGUGUCUGGAUGCAGGAGAAAACAAUGAAGGAGGCAAGGUGCUAAUUAUGUACCCAUGCCAUGGCUUAGGAGGCAACCAGUAUUUUGAGUACUCAACUCACCAGGAAAUACGACACAACAUUCAGAAGGAGCUUUGCCUGCAUGCAGCUGAUGGGCCAGUAAAACUCCAGGAUUGUCAGUAUAAAGGCCACAGCUCCUUCACUGGACAAGAACAGAAAUGGGAACUCCAGGAGAAUCAGCUGUUUUAUAACCGCGGGCGGAAGCUGUGCCUCAGUGCUCGCUACGAGAACCCCUCUAUGGUCCCCUGCAACUCGGCGGACAGAUUCCAGCUUUGGGCUUUCACCUGAGAGGAUAAGCCAAUUAAAAUAUACACUAUUGUUACUAAACUUCUGAACAAGAGAAUUUUAAUUUAUUUUUAUAUGUGAAAUUACUGCUGCUGGAAAGAUUUGAAUAUCAUUAAGUGGUAUAGUAUGCAAAGAGUACAUGUAUAGAACAUACAUGCACAGUAGAGUUAAAAAAAAAAAAUCAACAAGGCACCUUCAGGAAGUAUGCUGAAAUACAUUAAAGCACCAAGUGAAGACUUCUUACCGAUUAAGGUUUCUCAAACAUUCUUUCUCUCUUUAUUGAAAAGGUUGUUUCCACUGUCUUACAGUAAGAAUCUAACAAAUUCAUAAUUGUUUGAGAUUCUAAUGUGAAGUUGGUCUAACCUGCACAUUUUCAUGCACCAAAGAGUAUUUGUAAACCCAGUUUCAUGUAGUGCAAUUCCAAAAUAUGCACUAUAAAUUUCCCUUAUUCUAAAUGUUUUGAUCCUGAAUGGUCUUGAUAAAUGGCUUCCUCCAUUAAAUAGGAUGAUCACUGCCAUGCACUGACUUGUCCCUUUUCUUCUCCAACAGCCUUUUUUUUUUUUUCAGACUUUCAAAACACAAAACUGACUGAUAGAUAACUGCAUUAAAGGGGUGAAAUAUAUAUAUUGAAGGAGUCUGUUACUGGUUUUAAAUCCUCCCAAAAAAAUCACGUAGACUACCAGAUCAAUGGGUAGUGAACAAAACCAUUGUAUCUGCUUGAACUUUUUCAUUAUUUGUUUACACACUGAAACUACUACUUCCAAGUUCGGUGACUUGAAUCAGCAGUCAAUGUAACCUUUGUGAUCCUGCUACCCGCCACCACUUCACUCACUGGGUCAGUGUUUGAGUUAAUGACUGUUUUUCUUCACAAAUGAUACCUUGUUUAAAUAAUUGUCGACAGAGAGAUGGUUGUAAAAAGUACUGUAAAAUAACAUGAGAAAAUAGCAAUGAACAAGGGCAUUGUAUGAUUCAAAAUAAACAUUCCAAACACCCCUUUCA